GCGAGGCUUCUCUCACAUCAGCACAUCUGCAUUGGUCGAGUAACUGGAGGCGACACCGUUCGGAAGGCAUUUUUAAACUCCUGCAUGGCACUUUUUGUUCCACGAGAACUCCAGCGGAAGGUGUUGGUCCUGUCUUAAACUGCAGCCUCGUUUGUGUUUUCUUACAGGAAGCGAAGGAAAGUUAUGCUGUGUCUCCGAGAGUCCGGCGAGUGUUUGAGAGAGCACGUAAACUGCAUGAUGAGGUCGCUUCAGGACCUAAAGCAUCUGAGGAGGACGUGUCCCGCUGCCAGCAGACAUGCUCGCAGUCCCGCCAGCAUCCAGAUACCCACCGUUGGCAACUCUCUUCCAGCCGUCUCUAUCGGCAGCCUAUCAUCAGUGCCGCUCUCCUACCGGCCCAGAGAUCACCGCACGCGUCUUAGGAUAUCCAGCGCCAGCACGGCCAGCACCUAUGACUCAGCCUGCUGCCUGGCCACCCCUCUGGAGGAAGAGGAGGAUGAAGACGAGGAUGACGGUCGCAACAGUCGGUUAGGCCUCAACUCGCCCAGCAGUCACAAGAGUUUGGACUUAGACUCUGGGUACUCGGAGGCAUCGUGGCAGGAUGAAGGAGUGGUCCUCAGGAGGACGAGGAACGUUCGGGUGUCAUCCUCGGCCUGCCUUCGCACCAACAGGGCAGUAAGCGGACGCGUACGACCCAAAUCGACGUCGGACGCUUGCCUGGAAAGGUGGACGUCCUUCGAGACGGGCGAUCCGGAGGACUGGGCAAACGCUUUGCUGACCAGAGGACGCAGCCGCCAACCUCUGGUUCUGGGAGACAACAGCUUUGCGGACCUUGUAAAGAACUGGAUGGAUCUACCAGACUGUCCCGAGCCCCCCGAGCUUAACCCCAAACCUAGACGCAGACUGGGAAGAAGCCUCUUGGUCAACAUACGGAGAAAGUUAGCUGGCUUGUCAAAGAGCAUGGAGGAGAGAGUGAGAAUGAGAUCCACUGACACUCACCUCAACAGAACUGCCAAUGCCCCGAAACGUCUCUCUUGUCCCGUCGUCUCAUCAGAGCCAAAGGUCCCCUUUUUCCACCAGUCCCACUCCGCCAUUCACGAGCUGGACAUGGACUUUUACCACUUUGCUGCCCUUAUGAAGUCUGGUAGCAGACAGCCCAUCAUAUGCAAGGACAUCAUUGGCUACAUCUAACAUACACGGUCACUUUAUCUCUGUUUGUUGUUAUGGCUCACAUGUUUUUAUACCUGACUUGAAAGACUGAAAUCCUAUUUAAAUACUCUGUAGUCAUAUAUACAUUGAUUGCUAUUAUGUUGAAGUCAAUGUGUGCGGGGCGAGUUGAAGGAACAAACUGUACUGUUACGCUGCAAAUAAAAAAAUAAUCCUAAGCA